CCUGGCUAGGAGACCCGGCGGGCCCAACACCCUCGGAGGGCCCCACCCCGCUGCCCGUGCGCCCUGCAGAGGAAGGGCUGGACAGUGGGGUGGGCGGCGGGGCCGUUACCUCUUCCUGUCUCACUCCAGGCGGCGCGAGGUUUUUGAGUUCUAUGGCGGGAGCUGGAGAGCCGCGUGAGUCAGGCCCCGCGGCGGGGGAGCCUCAGCAGCCGCCGCCCGCCUUGUGCCAGGUCUCCCCCGAGCGGCCGGCGCUGGGGAAGCCCCAGCAAGGGCUUCUCGCCACCUUCUUCACCCAUAACCAGAAGUGCCAGCUCAUGCUCCUCGAGACGCUGCAGACAAAUCCGUAUGUCAAACUUCUACUUGAUGCUAUGAAGCAUUCAGGUUGUGCUGUUAACAGAGACAGACACUUUUCUUGUGAAGAUUGUAGCGGAAAUGUCAGUGGAGGUUUUGAUGCUUCUACAUCUCAGAUUGUUUUGUGCCAGAAUAAUAUCGGUAAUCAGGCCCAUAUGAACAGAGUGGUCACUCACGAGCUCAUCCAUGCAUUUGACCACUGUCGCGCUCAUGUGCACUGGUUCACCAAUGUCAGACACCUGGCCUGCUCUGAGAUUCGAGCUGCUAAUCUUAGUGGGGACUGUUCACUUGUAAAUGAAAUAUUUCGGCUCCAUUUUGGAUUAAAACGACAUCACCAGACUUGUGUGCGAGACAGAGCCAUUCUUUCUAUCCUGGCUGUCAGGAAUAUCAGCAGAGAAAUAGCUGAGAAGGCUGUUGAUGAAGUCUUUGAGUCUUGUUUCAAUGACCACGCACCUUUUGGAAGAAUCCCACAUAGCAAGAUAUACGCAAAAUAUGCUCACAGAGACUUUGAGAAUCGCCAUCGGUAUUACUCAAAUAUAUGAAGGCAAGGACAAUGUAUGUUUUAGCGCUUUAGUGAUCAUGAAGAAAAGAUGGCUCUCAAGAAAACAGAUGUAUAAAAUGUAAAUGAUCAACUGAGUCUAGAUAAACCACAGGAUGCUGCUUUUAAUAUACAAUCAGAGGAAGUAACUGGCAAAAAAUGAAACGGCUUUGAACUCCAAGGAAUGGCUUAUGUCUUUGUAGCUAAUCAAUUGGUAAAUGAGACAAAUAAACUACAUUUUUGUAUUUUCUGCA